CUCGAGUUGUCAACAUGGUGAGCGUACGUCGCGCUCUGGAGAAGCUCAAGCUGCCCGGUGGUCUGCACCGUGAGCGCAUCCAAUGGCUGUACGAAGGCACCACGUCUCAGCCUGAUGACGGCUACCUGCUGUACUGGAUGCAGACGUCAGUGCGAACCAAGCACAACUACGCGCUGGAAUACGCCGUAGCCGCUGCCAACGAGUUGAAACUGCCUCUGCAUGUGGUGUAUCUGUUCCCGGAUCGCUCAGUUACUCCUAAGCUACAAUCAUUCCAGGACGAUGAGUGGAAGGCCGAAGCGAUUCAAGACGCCAAUGCUCACGCGUUCGCCACUGAAAGACAUGCGCUCUUCGCGCUUGAAGGUCUGACUGAUGCGUACCAGCGACUUGCCAGUCGUGGAUUGAAUCUUGACGUCUUCCAUCAUCAACAUAAGGAGAACGAGCGUCCUACCCGCGACGAACUACUGGAGUUCUGUGCACGUAAAGCUGCGCUGGUAGUGACGGAUUGUCCGUACUUACGCCCGUGGCGUGUGGCGCUAGACAAGCUCGUUUCGUCGGUGGAAGAUAAAGGCGACGCUGGUGCAAGCUCCAGCUUCGGUAUCGUUCAGAUCGAAGGCGACGUUGUGGUUCCAGCUGCUGUAGUCACUGAUAAGGAGGAGUACGCGGCACGGACGAUUCGUCCCAAGAUCACGAAGCACUUGGAUCGAUACAUCGCUCCUUUAGAAUACAUGACGCUGGACCCAGCGUACUACACGGAAGGGAAGUCGCUGUUGGCUGUCCUCAAUGAACCAGAGCAGCUCAAGCCGCUAGAUGUGACGGAUUCGGAGGCUGUUGCUAGUACACUGGAGCUGUUAGAUGUUGACCGUAGUGUGAAAGCUGUGGGCUGGCACUUUAAAGGAGGAGAGAAAGCAGCUUCGGCAUGUGCCAAGAAGUUCCUCACUGCAGACAACCUUGUGAGCUACGCUACUAAACGCAACGAACCAAGUCUGGACGCUGGUAGUGACUUGAGUCUUUAUCUGCGCUAUGGACACAUUUGCGUCGUCCGUGUAGUCCUCGCUGCACACAAACUGAAAGGUGUGAAGCGAGCUAAGGAAGGAUUGGCUUCGUUCCUUGAGGAACUCAUCGUCCGUCGGGAAUUGUCGGUGAACCUGGUAGUGUAUAACCAAGAUAACUACGACUCCAUGUGCUGUCUUCCGAGCUACGCGCAGAUCACGUUGCAAGAACACGCCGAUGACAAGCGAGACCAACUGUACUCACGUGAACAGCUCGAGAACUAUCAAACCGGAGACAGGUUUUGGAACGCUGCACAGCGCGAGCUUGUAGUCACGGGCAAGAUGCAUGGCUACAUGCGCAUGUAUUGGGGUAAGAAGUUGCUGGAGUGGACACGUACCCCUGAAGAUGGUUUCAAUGCGGCGUUGGUGCUCAACAACAAGUACGCCUUGGAUGCACCUGACGCAAACUCGUACGCUGGUGUGGCCUGGACGUUCGGAAAGCACGACCAAGGCUGGAAGGAACGCCCUAUCUUCGGCAAAGUGCGUUAUAUGAAUGAAGCCGGCCUCAAGCGCAAGUUCCGCAUGGACGCGUAUGUGCUCAAGGUGGGACGACUAGCAGCCAAGGCCAAGAAAGGUUCGGGAGACGAAGAGGCUGAUGUCCUAGAGGACGAAGAACAUACGAGUCCUUACCGUAAGAGAGUUAAGAGUAAGAGGCCAGCGGAGACUGGAGCCGCUGGAACCGCUGCGAAGAAGAAGAAGCUGCAACACAAGUGA